AUGAGUGUGAGCAUCUCUCCUGCUGAUGCUGAUGAUGAGGUGGUCCUGCAGUGUGUGGCCUGCAUUCAGAAGGAGAACCGCAAGUUCUGUCUUAGUGCCGAAGGUUUGGGGAACCGCCUGUGUUACCUGGAGCCCACCUCGGAGGCUAAGUAUGUUCCUCCAGAUCUGUGCAUCUGCAGUUUCGUCCUGGAGCAGUCUCUGUCUGUGCGAGCGCUGCAGGAGAUGCUCGCCAAGACUGGACACGACAAUGACGCGGCUCAGGGCGGAGGUCACCGGACGCUACUCUACGGUCACGCUAUUCUCCUCAGACACUCGUUUCAGCGGGAGUUUCUGACCUGUCUGAAGACAUCACGGUCGAUGACGGAUAAACUGUCCUUCGAUGUGGGCCUUCAGGAAGACUCCACAGGCGAGGCCUGUUGGUGGACGAUUCAUCCGGCAUCUAAACAGAGGUCAGAGGGAGAGAAAGUGCGAAUCGGAGAUGAUCUCAUUCUCGUCAGUGUGUCGUCAGAACGAUAUCUCCAUCUGUCCAUUUCCAAUGGCUGCAUCCAGGUGGACGCCUCCUUCAUGCAGACGCUCUGGAACGUCCAUCCCAUCUGCUCAGGGAGCAACGUGGAGGAAGGAUACCUUCUCGGUGGUCAUGUGAUGCGUCUUUUUCAUGGACACGAUGAGGUUCUGACGAUCCCAGGCUCUGAUCAGAGUGAAGAAGAGCAGAGAUUGGUGAAUUACGAGACGGGUAAAGCCGGAGCUAAAGCGCGGUCGCUCUGGAGGCUGGAGCCGCUGCGCAUCAGCUGGUGCGGCAGUCACAUCCGCUGGGGUCAGCCUUUCCGCCUGCGUCACCUGACCACCGGACACUAUCUGGCGCUGACGGAGGAACGCGGCGUCGUUCUGCAGGACCGAGAGAAAUCACACACCGCUGCCACAGCAUUCUGCUUCAGAGCAUCCAAGGACGGAAUGGGAGUCGCUGAGAUCAAAUAUGGAGACUCUCUGUGUUUCGUUAUGCAUGUGGCGACGGGACUCUGGCUCUCAUAUCAGGCGCUGGACGUCAAAUCGGCUCGACUCGGACCCGUCAAACGACGAGCGUGUCUUCAUUCAGAAGGACACAUGGAUGAUGGUCUGACGUUACAGCGCUGUCAGCACGAGGAGUCGAGAGCGGCUCGCAUCAUCCGCAACACUACACGACUCUUCAGCUGCUUCAUCAGAGAUCUGGACGGUUUGAGUGUGAAGAACCGUGUGUGUGUGGUUCUGCCCAUCGAGGAGGUCCUGCAGACGCUCAAUGAUCUGAUCGGAUACUUCAGGCUGCCGGACGCCGAGCUGGAGCACGAGAAAAAGCAGAUCAAACUGCGCUCGCUCAAGAACCGCCAGAACCUCUUCAAGGAGGAGGGGAUGCUGUCUCUGGUGUCCAACUGCAUCGACCGGCUGAGCGUUUACAACAGCGCGGCUCAUUUCAGCGAAUGCGCAGGAGAAGAAGCCGGAGUCGCCUGGAAAGACAUCCUCAACCUGCUGUACGAGCUGCUGGCCGCUCUGAUUCGAGGAAACCGCAACAACUGCACACAGUUUUCUCACAACCUGGACUGGCUGGUCAGCAAACUGGAGCGGCUGGAGUCGUCCUCAGGGAUUCUGGAGGUUCUUCACUGUAUCCUGAUCGAGAGUCCUGAAGCUCUCAACAUCAUCCAGAGAGGACACAUCAAAACCAUCAUCUCUCUGCUUUACAAACACGGCAGAAACCACAAGAUACUGGACGUCCUCUGCUCUCUCUGUGUGUGUAAUGGUGUCGCUGUCAGAGCCAAUCAGAAUCUGAUCUGUGAUCACCUGCUGCCCAGACGAGACCUGCUGCUGCAGACGCGACUGGUCAAUGACGUGCAGAGCAUGAGGCCCAAUAUCUCAGUGGGUGUGAGCGAGGGAUCUGCUCAGUACAGGAAGUGGUAUUUUGAGCUGGUGAUUGAUCAUGUUGAUCACUUCCUGACGGGGGAGCCGUCGCACCUGCGGGUGGGCUGGGCCUCCGCUAAAGGCUACGCUCCUUAUCCCGGCGGGGGGGAGGGCUGGGGCGGGAACGGCGUCGGGGACGACCUGUACUCAUACGGCUUUGAUGGACUACACCUGUGGUCAGGUCGUAUCCCGAGGACCGUGGCGUCUGUAAAGCAGCACAUUCUGGCGUCUGAUGAUGUGGUGAGCUGCUGUAUGGACCUCAGCGCUCCCAGCAUCUCCUUCAGGAUCAACGGGCAGCCGGUGCAGGGCAUGUUCGAGAACUUCAACACCGACAGCCUGUUCUUCCCCGUGGUCAGCUUCUCCGCCGGCGUCAGGGUUCGCUUCCUGCUGGGCGGGCGGCACGGAGAGUUUAAGUUCCUGCCGCCGGCGGGUUACGCGGCCUGCUGUGAAGCUCUGCUCCCCCGAGAGAAGAUGAAGGUGGAGCCGGUGAAGGAGUACAAGAGGGAUGCAGACGGAGUCAGAGAUCUGCUGGGGAACACACACUUCAACACACAGGCUUCAUUUAUACCCAGACCAGUGGAUACAUCACAGACUGUGAUGCCUCCUCAUCUGGAGAAGGUUCGAGAUCGCCUGGCUGAGAACAUCCAUGAGCUCUGGGGGAUGAACAAGAUUGAACUGGGCUGGUCCUACGGGAAGGUGCGGUGA